AUGCCACAAAAGCCAGGGUUUUACUACCCGCCUCAACAACAUGGCUACGGACGCGUGUCAGCAUCACCACCCGAGGCCCCGGACAGCGUCACAACGUCUGGUGUGCCGUCGUACGAGCCGUCAGCGACAUCUAGCAACUACGCCGGCAGUGCAAGCGAUUACGAGUCGACUAGCGGCGCUGCCAGCGUGGAUCUCCUCGAUUACAUGGGCAGCCGUGUGAAUGGCUCAUUCAAUCCAAUGCCGCUAGAUCGAAGCUUAGCGAGACAGGCACAAACAUCUGGUGAACUCAACGCCAAGCACCGUGAACUCCUUGAACUACAGGCACUUGCUCAGCGUCGACUGGCUGGCGCACGCAUGAACUUCGCCGAUGGCAUGAAGGCUGCGAAAGAGGUACAGAAGGAUUUGCAAUGGACACAGAAGCGCGUAGACUCACUCAACGAGCGAGCGGCACGCAAAUACCCAGAUCAAUUCCGAACUGCCCAAGGACGAUACCCAACACCAGUCGACUACUAA